UUUGUAUUUCUUUGACGGUUUCGAAAGCUGAAGUUUCUUGACAAAAAACAGUUUUAAUAUCCUAUAUAUUUGCUCUUGUUGACGUUUUCAAUAUCAAAAUGGAUAGUUCUUUGCUUAAAGAUUUGGCAGAUUUCAAGAAAAGAGCUGCAAGUCGGCCAGCCGUCGAAGCAAAACGGCCCAAACCCACAUCUACUUCGACAAAAUCAAAGACUCCAGUAAACCUACCUAAAGAACUUGCACAGCCAAAGAAACCGGCUCCCUCUUCUCUAGAUUACAAGACUCCGAAGUUCCGAAGUAAGCACAAGUUCGCUGUGAUGGCUGCUAUUGUUGAUUUUAUGAAGAAGAGACAUUUAAAAAGAGAAUUUACUCCAUUAAGCUUGACAGAAAUUCUUGAUCAUAUCAACUAUACUGACAUCAGUCAGAGUGAUAAAAACUGGCUGGGAGACCGAGCUUUGAAAGAAAAUCCCAAGCUAAUUUAUAAAGACGAUAAAUAUGCAUUUAAUCCAAAGUACAACAUCAAAGAUAGGAAACAGUUGCUUAGAUUGUUAGAGAAACACGAAGAAAGAGGUUAUGGCGGGGUGUACUUGGAUGACAUCAGAGAAAGUCUCCCAGAUGCAGAUAACGUGAUUAGAUCGAUUCCAAAGCGUAUAAUAUUCAUCACUAAACCUGAUAAGAAAGUUGUUUUAUUCAAUAAAAAUAAGACGUACAAUAUUACAGUUGAUGAAGAAUUUCAAAAGCACUGGAGAGCAAUAUCAGUAGAUGGUAUAGGUGAAGCAGAUAUAGACAAAUACCUCAACAAUGCUGGUAUUGUAGCAAUGCAAGACUCUGGUGUCAGUCAGAAGCAGACACCACAGCGUAAAAAGUCCAGGAAAAGAAAGCAAUUUAAGAAACUCAAUGAUCAUUUGGAUGAGAGUAUGCUGAAAGAUUACACUCAAGAGCAAAACCAUUGAUGGCUGUACAGUCUGUAGUUAUAGGUAAAAUGGCAGGAUGACAACUAGACAGCUAUUUUUCAAAUGAAAGUAAGUGUUUUCAUCCUAACCUCUGCGGCAGUGAAAGAGGAGCACAUAAGACAUCUGCCACAGAGGUUAGCAGUUUAUAUUCAUGUAUACACUAUGUGGUUCAGAACUUCAUGCAAGAUCCCAUGAAUUGGCACUUACUAGUAUAUUACUGUGUUACAGUGGGUUAGGGUUAGGGUAUGUAUCAGGUCGGGUCUUACAUGAAGUACCAACCACUAUGUGGAUAAAGUAUGGCUGUCAUUUAGGUUGUCAUAAUAAAAUAUAAAAAAGAAGAUCUCAAGG